AUGAAGAAAUUACGCAUCAAGUCAAGCAAAUUCAGUGAUGAUGCGGUACAGGACUGGGACUACGCCUCGGGUGAUCCAGUUUUUAGCGUGCAUUCCAGGUCCGCAUUAAUACAGACACUUCGAUUCCAAUCUUUUAAUAAUUUCGGCGCAUUUCUGGAUAUUGUUCCGGCCUACGUGCAGUACCUCAUCGGACAAACACACUUCUUCAUCAAGAGCAGUACUGAACAUCUUUUUGUAUGCUUCUCCUAUUUAGCUCGUUACAUAAUAUUGAUGAAGAAUACUUUGGCAAGUCAGGAGUAUCUUUGUGACAAAUAA